AUGGCCCUCAGAAAGCAGAUAUGGACAUUGAUGUCCAAGAACUUCAGGGCCGUCUUGCUUCGCCACAUGAAGACGUGCAUCAUCAUGGCCUUUCUUCUUCCUAUAGUCCUUUCAUCCUUCUUCAGCUUUGCCAAGAAUCUCUUCGUCCCGCCUGCCAACUAUGGCAUUGGCAAACUUCGCCCAAUCAUGACCCUCCCAGAGGCUUUCCAAGCCGCUCACAGUGGUGGGAGAACAAAGGUCGUCCUCGUCAACAACGGCUUCUCCGGAGGCGACAUUGACCGUGUCCUGGGAAAGAUUGCCAACGCUGUAACGACUGAUGGAUCCAUGGACCUUGUCAGGGUUGGUCAUGAGGACGAAUUGGUGACGACCUGCCGUAGCAGCUUGCGAGGCGUCACUGGCUGUUUCUGCGCCAUUGUCAUGCGUUCGUCGCCCACAGAAGGACCUGGCGGACUCUGGAACUACACCAUUCGUACUGAUGCUGCCUUUUGGAGCGAACCAGUCAAGUUCAAUGUCGACAAAUCGGACAAUGUUGAGCAGGUGUAUUUGCUGCCCAUGCAAAAGGCCGUCGAUACCGCCAUUGCAUCUCUCAACGGCUCCAACUCGGACCCUUUGGCCAAGACAGACGGGCAGCCAUUUGCCAGCAUGACACAGAAAGAGCGAGAUAGAAAAGUCCGACAACUUUAUCACAAAUCCAUUGUCAACUUCAUGGCUGUUGCCUUCAUCGCCAACAUCUUGUGGAUCACAUACCAUCUCACGGGAUUUGUUGCCGCCGAACGUGAGAGUGGCAUGUCGCAGCUUCUUGAUGCAAUGAUGCCGGUGAGCAAGCCGUGGAAGGCGCAGGCUGCUCGCAUCAUUGCACAUCACUUAUCCUUUUGCAUAAUUUAUGCUCCGGCAUGGAUCAUCGGCUCCAUCAUCAUCCGAUUCGGUGUUUUCGUCAACACUAGCAUCAUCAUCGUUCUCUUUUUCAACUUGUUCUCCGGACUGGCCCUUGCGUCCAUGUCUAUCCUCAUUGCUUCAUUCUUCAAAAAGGCUCAACUAAGUGGUAUCACUGCCACCAUUGGCAUCCUCCUCCUCGGUAUUCUCGCCCAGGCACUCACGCAACCAACAAUUGGUCCCGUGGCCGUCCUAUCUAUAUUGUUCGCCCCGUGCAACUAUGUGUAUUUCCUUACCUUCAUGGCCAAGUUCGAGAAGUGGGACUUGGCGGCAAACCUCUUCAAGAACCCUCCAGCCAGCUCUUGGGAGAUGCCGGGUAUCGUCUUUUUCAUCAUCGUCAUCGCUCAAAUCAUCAUUUACCCUCUACUGGGCGCUCUAGUUGAAAAGAACCUCUACGGCACAACCACCGAGGGGCGCAAGAUUCAGCUUCAACAUGGCGACGACGGCCCCUUGGCAGAGAAUGCUGUAGUGUUGGACAAACUCACCAAGAUUUAUUACCCUAGCUUCUUCUCACGCUUGUUCUCUUCAAAGUCGAAGCCUCGUGAGCCUGUUGUAGCCGUCAAGGAGCUCAGCUUCCAGGCAGGACGCGGUCAAAUCGUCGCUCUGUUGGGCGCAAAUGGUAGUGGAAAGAGUACAACUUUGGAUGCUAUUGCUGGUCUCCACAAACUGACCAGUGGUUCAAUCACUAUUGACGGCAAGGGUGGUCUUGGUAUUGCGCCGCAGAAAAAUGUCCUAUGGGAUGACUUGACGGUUGCAGAGCAUCUCGCCAUCUUCAACAGGUUAAAGGCUCCUGAUGCUCCGGCGUCCAAGGCGGAAAUUAUGAACCUCAUCAAGUCAAUCGAUUUGUAUCCCAAACGCAAUGCUCUAGCCAAGACUCUUUCCGGUGGCCAAAAACGAAAGUUGCAGCUUGGUAUGAUGUUGACGGGUGGGAGCGCAGUUUGCUGUGUCGAUGAAGUGAGUAGUGGGCUAGAUCCGUUGUCUCGAAGGAAAAUAUGGGAUAUACUUCUCGCAGAACGGGGGCAACGAACAUUGAUUCUUACCACCCAUUUCUUGGAUGAAGCCGAUCUGCUUGCUGACCACAUUGCCAUUCUGUCCAAGGGGACUCUUCGCGCUGAAGGUUCAUCAGUGGAACUCAAGGACAGAUUUGGCAGCGGAUAUCGUGUUCAUCUACAGAAGAACCCCGACGCAUUGCACUUGCCUAGUAUCCCGGGGGUUCAAAAGAAAGAAUCUUUCGACAUGGUUACGUAUGUUGCGCCGACGUCGAAUCUGGCAGCCCGAGUCAUCAAGAUUCUGGAGGAGAACGGCUUCACUCAGUACCGCUUCUCCGGUCCGACAAUCGAAGACGUGUUCCUUCAGCUUGCUGAAGAAAUUAAAGACGAAGAAGCUUUCAAGGGAAUUUCUCCAGGUGUCCCAGGAGAAUCAGACAGCGGAAAUGAGAAGGACCAGCCUUCUAGUUCCUCGAAGGAGGGCUCAACACACCAGGGGCUGAAGCUUCUCGACGGAAAACGUGUAGGCUACUUCAAGCAAGCCAUGAUUCUCUACCGGAAACGUGUUACUGUUCUUAAGCGCAAUUGGAUCCUCUAUCUCAUCGCGUUCAUCUUGCCGAUUUUUGCGGCUGGGCUCACAGUACUCUACGUUAAAGGCAGAAGUCAGACCGGCUGUUCGCCAAAGGACCAGGCUUCCUCCUACGGCACUGAGGACGCUUUCACGCAAGCAAAAAAUACCGACAAGAUUGUGUUUCUAGCCGGACCAUCUUCCAAGCUCUCAAUUGCAAGUGUCACGAGCUUGCUACAGCCGAUACUCAAUGGCUCGAGGAGCGGUGCUACCGUGGGCUCUGCAGCCCUGCAAAACCUCAAACUUGUUGAUACUUUUGACUCUUGGCAGCAGCAUAUCAGAAACGAUUUCCGAAACAUCACCACAGCGAUAUGGCUAGGAGAUGGCAACUCAGAACCAGCCGUUGGCUGGGUUGCCAACUUGUUCAUUACCAGCUCUAUUACGGCGCAGCAGGUCCUCGACAUCUUUCUGACCAACACCCCUAUUGCCACAACCUGGUCGUCAUUUGACGUACCUUUCAACUCUGGUAUUGGCGAUGCCCUGAGUCUUGUAAUUUACAUGGGCCUCGCUCUGGCCUGCUAUCCCGCCUUCUUUGCCCUCUACCCGAGCAAUGAGAGACGACGGUUCGUACGUGCUCUGCAGUACUCUAACGGUGUUCGACCAUUCCCCCUAUGGAUAGCCUAUCUCUUGUUCGACUUUACCAUCGUCGUCCUCACUUCAGCCGUCGUGACCGCAAUUUGGGCCAGCUUAUCCAGCGUCUGGUUUCACAUAGAGUACGUUUUUGUUGUCUUCUUUCUGUAUGGACUGGCAUCAAUCUUGUAUUCCUACGUCAUUUCGCUAUUCACAAAGUCCCAGCUAGCUACAUUCGCCUGGUCAGCGGCCACACAAGCCGUCUUCUUCCUCGGCUAUCUGAUUGCGUAUAUCUGCGUAGUCACCUACGUCCCAGUUCAUCGCAUCGACUCGUCGCUGCUCAUAUGCCACUUUGUCAUCUCGGCCUUUUCGCCGAUUGCAAACGCAAGCAGGGCCAUGUUUCUGGCGACAAAUCUCUUCGCAACAGCUUGUGAAGGCAACGAGUUAUCAACGACACCUGCCGGCCUUGAGGAAUACGGCGGGCCAAUCCUCUACUUGGCUAUACAAUGUUUUGUUCUUUUCGGUCUGUUACUCUGGUUUGACAGCGGCAGUGUCGGUUCCUCUGUCCGCGGACUCCUCGGCCGUAGUCAACCAACCGAGUCCACCGACGAACUGGACGAAGAAGUGGCCCAGGAACUAACCCGAGUAACCAGCACGGGUCAAGCAGAAGAUGGUCUCCGCGUAGUACACCUAACAAAGUCGUUCAAAAAGAACACCGCAGUCGACAACGUCACCUUUGGCAUCAAGCGCGGCGAAGUAUUUGCACUCCUUGGACCCAACGGCGCUGGAAAGUCCACCACCAUCUCGCUCAUUCGAGGUGACAUCAAGCCCAGCCGCAACGGCGGCGACAUCUUUGUCGAGGACGUAUCCGUCUCCAAGAACCUCGCCGCCGCCCGUACACACCUCGGCGUAUGUCCCCAGAUCGACGCUCUCGACCAAAUGACCGUACGGGAGCAUCUCGAAUUCUACGCCCGAAUCCGCGGCAUCCCGGACAUCCAGCACAACGUCUCUGCCGUCCUCCAGGCCGUAGGUUUAGAAGCAUUCGCUUCCCGCAUGGGUUACGCCCUCUCGGGUGGCAACAAGCGCAAGCUCAGUCUCGGAAUCGCCCUUAUGGGCAAUCCCACCGUGGUUCUUCUCGAUGAACCCUCCUCCGGCUUGGACGCUGCCUCCAAGCGCAUCAUGUGGAAGACACUCGCGGCUACCGUCCACGGCCGCUCCAUCCUACUCACCACGCAUAGCAUGGAAGAAGCAGACGCCCUCGCCGGGCGUGCUGGCAUCCUCUCGCGCCGUAUGCUCGCCCUCGGAACGCCAGAUAACCUGCGGCAUCGCUUCGGCGACGCUCUCCAUGUGCAUCUCGUCUCUACUACAGCGCCCCGAACUACCGACCAAGAAAUGCAACGCGUCAUCUCUUGGAUCCAGAACCGCUUGCCGUCUGCUAAUGUCGAUACACAGACUUACCAUGGACAGCUGCGCUUCUCCGUGUCUGCCAGCGACGUCCUCGCUCUUCAGAAGCAGCCCAGCAGUAAUGUUGAUAUCGCAUCACACGACAACGACAUGGCCCACGCUGCUCGAGAAGGAAGCGUCAUCGGUCAGCUCGUCGUGCUUCUGGAGGAAAGCAAGCAGACACUGGGUAUUAGUCACUACAGCGUCAGUCCCACGACCCUCGAUCAAGUCUUCUUAACUAUCGUCGGACAGCAUAAUGUUAAGGAGGAGAAUUACGAGGAAAAGAAGAGCAAAUGGUCGAAGAUGGUGCAUUUUGGCAGUUCCAAAAAGUAA